GCUUUUUUCCAAUAACAACUCGCUUUUCGCCCUCCAUCUGGAAAGCGCUAAGCUUCUGCAAAACCCUAGAGGUGAAGAGAGAGAGAGAGAGAUUGAGAUGGGGGAGAGAGACGACUAUAAGUUCCUUGAGAUAAGGGACGCCAUAGCUUCCAUCAAUCAGAAGGUUAGCCUAAUUGGCGUUAUCAUCGAGUGCGGUUUUCCUAAGAAAACCAAAGGAACUGAUUGCUUCUGUACGCUAAAGAUAGUUGAUCAGUCAUAUCAAAAACCGGGGCUUUCAGUUCAUGUUUUUGCUGAACAUUUUGGAGCGCUUCCUCAUGUAGCUGCACUUGGAGAUAUAGUUCAGCUUUCUCAUGUUAUGAUGAAGACUCAUGGGGGAGAAGUAUAUGCAGUUUUCAAUAAACGGUCCUCUGCUUUUGCUUUGUAUGAAGGAAGAGAUGGUGAGGGUUUUCUUCCUUAUCAAAAGUAUCCAAAAUUUCAACCAGGAGACUUGGACAAGAAGUUUAUAAUGAGCCUAAGAAAAUGGGUCGUUGAUUUCCAGACUGUUGAAGAUUCAAAAAACUUCUCGUUGUUGAGAGAACUUAAGGAGGGUAAAUCUGUUAAUUUGGCUUGCAAGGUAAUUAAUGUCCAAGAGUUUGGUAAAGAUGAAUGGAUAGGCUUUCUUUGGGAUGGAACUGAUAGCAGACCAAACAGUCUUCCUAUUAGGCUAGAAGAUGAAAAGGACAAUCCACUUCCACUGCAUUUGGAAUCAUUGCCUUUGCCAAGAGAUAAAUUAGACUCUUUUCCUGUUGUUGGAACUAUCUUGAGGGUGGUGUUUGACCAACGUAUCAAGAAGCAUGGCCUUCAGUUGCUAAAUGCCAAUGUUGGUGAGUGGAUGAAAUUUAUAGAUGUACAUUGUGAGGUACGUGCGGGAUUAUGGCGUGGUGUGCUGACACCCUUAACAAAGGUCCGAUAUACACCUAACAAGGAUCAUAUUGUAUCAGAGCGCCAAAGUAUAUAUGAGAGGCGGUUGCAUAAGAGAAAUGGGCGGAUUCCAUAUUGGAGCUUUCCUUGGAUGUCACAUAUAACAGAGAUUGACUACAAAGAUGUGCCUUUUGUUACAUUAAUGGAUGUUCUUACUUAUCCAGAGGUUACAGCAAAAUUCAUGUGUGCUGUACGGGUAGUUGCUGCAUAUCCAUGGCAGGGUAAAGAUUUUUGUUGUUCUCGUGGAAUUUACAGAGUUAGGCUGACCCUGGAGGAUCCAACAGGCAGAAUUCAUGCUUAUUUGUAUGGUGAAGAUGGGGAGCAAUUCUUUGGUGGUUAUCCUCCUGUGGAUGUAUUGACAAGGAAGCGAAAUGCAUUGCUUGGUGUGGCUACAGGUGAUGGUGUCAGGGAAAUAAAGGAUGCUCCUAGAAACCCGCCAUGGGUGCAAUGUUGCCUCAAAUCUUAUUAUCUGGAUAAAAGUGAUGUCUGGGGCACUAGACAUUAUCGGAUAUUUGGUACCAAAGUGGUUCUUACUUAGGCCAUGCACCAGAUACGUGCUGUAAAUUUAUUGUAAUAUUUCAAACUGGUGGUCACUGAUCGCUUAGGUUUUGUCUCACAUGCUGUAAAUUUAUUGUAAUAUUUGAAUCUGGUGGUCACUGAUCGCUUCCGUUUUGUCUCACAUGCUGUAAAUUUAUGCAUUCUCACUAACGAAAAAAAAAAGAAAAAAGGGUUCUGUCUUGAAUAUUUUCUUUUCUUCUCGUGUUGGAACGAUGUUAAACGGCGGAAAAGAAAA